GUGUGCGCGCGCGCGUGUGUGUGUGUGUGCGUGCGUGCGUGCGUGCGUGCGUGCGUGCGUGCGUGCGUGCGUGCGUGCGUGCGUGCGUGCGUGCGUGCGUGCGUGUGUGUGUGUGUGUGUGUGUGUGUGUGUGUGUGUGUGUGUAUUAUGUUAUUAUGAUAUAAUAAUAUCUAUUUUUAUACAAAAAAAUAGCAAUAUGUUCAAUCGCAUUGGGUAGUCGAUUAGGAUGUUUAAAGCCUAAUCUUAUCACAAACUCGGAACCGCAAAUAAUGAUUAAUUGCGUGCGAGAUACUCUCGAUCUUUUGUAUCGCUUGGAAAACCUACCAUCACUGUGGAGGAUAUACAAUACACGAAAUCUCAAGAAAUUGUUCCAUACCCAGGAUACGUUUAAUGAAAUUUGUAGUAAAUACAUUGAGCGCGCUAAGGAGAAACUUCGUGAGAUGACAAACAAUAUAGAUCCGCAAAACCAUAGUAUAUUAGAGAAACUUUUGCAUAUCGAUGAAAAAACGGCUCAUGUAAUGGCGCAGGAUAUGAUAAUGGGUGGUAUUGACACAAUUGGCAAUGCGGCUGGCGGUUUGCUCUAUUAUAUUGCGAAUAAUCCAGAAAAGCAAGAUAAAUUAAGAGAAGAGGUAAUGUCUGUGUUACCGAGCAAAACAUCGCUUGUUACGUAUGAUAUAUUGAAUCAAAUACCAUAUGCUAAAGCCUGCAUUAAAGAAUCUAUGCGAUUAUUUCCCAUUACUAUUGGUGUCCAAAGAACUAUGCAAAAAAAUAUUUCUAUAGGAGGAUACAGAAUACCAGCAGGGUUGGACGUCAUCGCCUGUCAUGCAUUGAUCUCAAUGAAAUCUGCACAAUUUACACUACCGCACAAAUACAUUCCUGAGAGAUGGUUACGAGAUAACACUAAAUUUCGAUUAAACAAGAAGGCACAUCCCUAUGCAUGCAUGCCUUUCGGAUACGGUGCACGCACUUGUAUUGGCCGAAGAUUCGCUGAGAUGGAACUCGAGAUAUUGCUCUUGACAAUCAUACGAAAUUUCCGGAUUGAAUGGCAUCACGGACCACUCGAGUACAAAAGUCAAAUUACAAGCACGCUAACGUUGUCGUUGCGACUCAAACUCAUCGAUUUGUAAAUCGUUUCGAAUUUUCUCAUAAUCUAUUUACCGUUUGUAUUUUAUGGAAUUUGUAAACAUUUUGUUGUUAUUUCAUGUAAUAUUUUUUAAUAUAUUCACAUUUUUUGUUAUUGCCCAACAGACAUUGCUACGACUAUUUAGGAAUAUCAGUUUAAUAAAAGAUUGAAUCGAUUUACAAAUAUAUUUGAUGUGAAGAGGUCAAAAAAAUUGCUAUUGAUUACAAUUCUUACGAUUUUAAGUUACACCAGAAGACAAAAAGCGCAAAAUUUUUCUUUAUGUGUGAGUUCUUGAAAAAUGAGGGGCGAAAAAAUAUAAAAUAUAUCAAUAUUUUUGGAAAAAAUUGCAUGUUGUUUUACAUUGUCUAACACUCUAAUAUUAGUAUGAUUUUGAGGUUUUUGAGGUUUAAAAAUAUUUAU